UUCAUAUUCGUAAAUACAACAGCAAUACAUAGGUGGUCAAAUAUUUAAUUUUAAAGUGUUGUUCACUUUUAUUUCAUUUUCGAUUCAGUGUUUGUGCAGACAAGAAGCACAAAAUUGUUCCUCAAUUUUUGUGACCUAUAGUAAAGCUAAAGUUUAUUUUAAUCUGCUUGUCUUGAAGCAUAAGACAGGUAGUUUUACACCAGCAAUCGUACGAACGCGACACGCGAGUGAUUCUUUUCGGCUUUACAAGUUAAAUUGGAGCACUUUGAGUUUAUUUGGCAAUUAAUGAAAAAGUCAUAACAAAACAACAAAAAAAAAAGAAUAAUAAAUCUUAAACAUCAAAACAAGAAAAAAAGUGAAAUCUUUCAGUCUGUAUUUGGGUGCAAGAAGAUUUAUAAAUAUUUUUCCGUUAUUGAACAACAUAAAAAGGUUGGAUUAAUUAAACAUCAAAUCUUCUAACAAAAAAAGCACAAAAAUGAAAGUUGCAGUCGUAGUGUUCGCAGCUAUUUUUUGUGUAGCAAAUUCUCUUCCUGUAGCACAACCAGAAGAGUCAAUAGAUUUAAUUAAUAUACCGCUUAGUGAUAAUAAGGAACUAGACGUUUUAACUUUGGCUGAAACAGAUGGAACGAUUAACGAGAGAAAUAAAAGAACAAUUGGAAUUCUUAGAGAACUUUUCCCCGAACUAUCAAAAAUGAUGGAACGAAAACUUCAAAUGAUUAUUCAAUUCGCUAUUCGAACAUUUGGACCGAUCUUGUUACGUGGUGGAUUAGGAGGCGGGACAGCGUCAACAAGCGGCACAUCAAAUCGAAAUAAUGAUGACGACUUUGAUGAUUUUGAAGAUGACGACACCAAUGAAGUUGGUGGAAAAGAUGACAAAGUCAGCAUAUCUUUGCCAACAUUUGCUCCUGAUAGUUCAGAAAAAAGUUUCGAGUCUUCCAGUCCCUCAGCUGAAAGUUCACCGUCUCGAGUGCGAGCUGUUGAAGAAGAAAACUUACUAGAGCCAAGUAAUGCUGCUUCAGAAAUCUUUGAGACAAUUCGUGUUGCACGUGAAACUAAUAAUCUUAAUAACAACCAGAAUAAUAAUAUUAACAAGGAUCAAGAACCACAAGCAUCGGAACAAUCUAACUCAGACCUUACUGCAGCAGCUCAAGGAACAUCUUCAGCUGUUGAAGAACUUUCCUUAGAUAGUUUUGAAGAUGAUGAAAAUCGGGGCAAGAGAUUUUUGAAGUUUGGCGUUGACGCAAAUGCAAAUGCAGGUGCUGAUGCAGGUGGUGGUUCAGCUGGUGGAUCAGGAAACUUUCUCUUUGAUAUUAUUCGGCUUGUAAGUGGAAGUAGUGGAACCCCCCAAACUGAUGAAAGUGCCAAUGGCGAAGAAACCGAUGUAGGAAAAGGCGAUGGAUAUACAGAAGGCAUUCCCGGACCUGUUACAAGAUUAUUUGUUCUUGCUAAUCGGGGAUUGUCCAACUUAAUUCAAGAUUUGAUUCUUCGAGUGGCACAAACUAGCGAACGUAUAAUUUUGUUUUCGACUUUUUCAUUUGACUGUGUGCGGUCACAAGUGUCAUCAGAUUUGUCGACAAAUUUAGUUAAUUUACAGUUUUUGUUUGUAAAAAUGGAAGUGUCUGAUGUAAUUCAGAUUGGUACAUGCAUUAUUGUGGGUGCUGGUGUGUUAAUAAAUUCGAUCAAGUUAGUAAAACGAAUUUACAAUGAACGACCUCCAACUAGAUGGCGAAGAGUUGGUGAAAUUUCUAACUUAUUUUGUUUCCCUGUGAAGUCAUGUGGACCAGUUCAUUUAACUGAAAUCGAAUGUGGUCUCUUAGGGCCUUGUGAUGGUCAACUUCGUGAUCGAGUUUUCAUGGUUACUCGUGAAUCAGGAGAAGUUGUAACAGCUCGAACUUACCCUAAAAUGGUUUUGAUUUCACCUAAAAUUGAAGGCGACACUCUGACACUUUCAGCACCUUCAAUGAAGAAUUUACAGAUCAGCAUUUCAGACUUAUAUACUUCAGAAAAUCAUAUAAAAACGAAGGUUUGGGAAGAUUAUGUAGAUUGUGUCGAUUGUGGUGAUGAAUCAGCUAAAUGGUUCUCACAAUAUAUUUUGAACGCGCAAGAAGGUUUGAGAUUUGUAUUUUAUCCAAGCGAAUUUCCAAAAGCAAUCGUCGAAGACAAAGGAUAUCUUUUCGAUCAAGCUGAACCACGAGAUACGGGCACUCUUCAUGAUGAAACAAGUUUCAUGUUAAUGAAUCAAGGGUCAUUUGAUGAUCUUAAUACACGUCUUGAGCAUUCUGUAACACCUUUACAGUAUCGUCCAAAUUUUGUUGUCAACGGUCCAAAAGCUUGGGAAGAAGAUGAUUGGAAAUGGUUGAAGAUUGGCGAUAAAACAACAUUUAAAAAUGUUCAACCAUGCAUUCGAUGCAUUUUUACUAAUAUUGACCCGAUCACUGGAGAAAGAAGUCCCAACAUGGAGCCUCUUAAAACGCUGAAGACGUUCAGAACAUUUGACAAAGUUGCAUCAAGUCCUUGGUUUGGAAUUCAUUUGGGAUUAAGAACUAAAGGAAAUGUUAAAGUUGGAGAUUCCGUUUAUGUUGGGUAUUAAGUAAUAUCUCCAGAUGAAAGAAUUCAAUUAAUUGUUAAAUCUGUUUUUGUUAUUUUGUUGAAUCAUGCAAGAAAAUUUCUUCAAAUAAAAAACAAAUUUUCUUAAAAUAUUUAAUUUUUUAAA